AUGAUUGGUAUAGUUUCAAAAUUAAUAAGACAAGGCACGGGUAAACAAGCAUUAAAAGGUAACCUUGUUACAGUUCACUAUACUGGUAAACUCGACAAUAAUGAAGGUAAAAAGUUUGAUUCAUCAAGAGAUAGAUCCACACCAUUCUCUUUUGUUUUAGGUAAUAGUCAAGUCAUCAAAGGAUGGGAUGAGGGUGUAUUAAAUAAAAAAGAAGGUGACCUCAUUGAACUUACCAUCCCACCAGAGUUUGGAUACGGAAAUCGUGCUAUUGGCCCAAUUCCUGCAGGAAGUACACUUUUCUUUGAAGUUGAGCUCUUAAAAGUUGACCAAAAAUAA